AUGAGUCUGGAGGAACUGUAUGCAAAAUGCAAAGCCUAUGCACGAGAUUGUUAUGCAUUUUUGCCAAGGACCAGUUAUUGGGACUAUCUAAAAUCAUUUUCAUCAUCGAAAAAAAAUAUUUUCACUUUUGUCAAUUAUUCUUUACUUGGUAUACCAUUUUAUCCGAUAAAUGAUGAGGGUUCAGUUAGUGUGAUACAACAGCACUCGGUUCCUUUUGGUGCCUACGGUGGAGGAUACGCUGGUCAUACCGGUGUACGUGACUACUGGUCACAAUAUUUAGAAGCUGGUGCAAACUGGAUAGAUGGACACUACGGAUACAAAACUGGUUGGUCAAUGCCAUUGGUACAGAGUUUAGGCGUUGAAGGCCAUCGUGGUACACAUGUUUCUGUUCCACUCAAUCAGCGAGACUUUGGCAAAAUUGCUGUAAACUCAGGAGCCGGGGUUGGCGGUUAUUAUGCAGAAAAUGUGCAUACAGGAGUAGACUGGAAGGAAGGUAACGUCAACCAUCAGCAAGGAGUGGCAGUACCUUUUGCUGGAAUCGGUGUUAAUACUGGCACAUCUGUAUCAUUUCCAGCCUUGAAUACAUUUUUGAGGAAAAUAGUUUAA